AUCCUCUCCUCUCUGCGCGCCGGCAGCCGGGUCCUGGUGGAGAAGUUCAGUGAUGUGGUGGUGCUGUGUGCUGACGUGGUGGGUUUCUCAGCCCUGGCGGCAGCGGCGGAUACCGCGGACUGCAUCCUCACACUGAACCGCCUCUUCUCCACUUUUGACGCGCUCACGGAUAAGAUGGGCGUGCACAAGGUAAGGCGUGUACUGACGCACAUACAUACACACAUACAUACACGCGGGCUCGCACAGGUGAAGCAGAUGUUGGAUCUCGCCCGGGAGAUGCUUGCGGCUGUAGAUUCGCUGCCGUACCCGGAUACAUUGGGCAAGAUGCAGAUCCGGAUUGGGCUUCAUGUGGGCGCAGUGUACGGCGGGGUGAUUGGUGUCAAAUACCCCCGCUACAGCCUAUUUGGAACUACGCUACGGCUCGCUCAGGGUCUGCAGGUGCGCUGGUUUGUACGUGUGUAUGUAUGA